AUGCACCAGGUGCCGUACAGAGCGGGACUCACCUCAAACGCAGGUCGAAACGAGAGGCUCUGGGAUAGGAAGAGAUCCCAUCUGGCCGACGCGUCACGCGUUGUAUCCAGGUGCAGGGGAACGUCACUGGCGCCCUCGAAUCUCCUCCUGAUAGGUCUAGCGAUCUGUUGCUUGACCCUGUCACCGGUACAACCGCGACAGAAUCAUCAUCAGACCUGCCCGGGCUGCCCCCAUCAGCAGCAACAACAUCAGCACAUGCACGAGACGCAUCGGGGCGGUGGUUCGAAGGACACCGCCGCGCCCACCCCGGAUGAUCUAAGGCUGGAGGCGAUCAAGCAUCAGAUACUCACGAAACUCGGUCUACGAACACGUCCGGAUGUGAAUCGUACGUUGGCCACCGUGCCGAAAGACCUGGCGCUCGAGGCUCUCUACAGAGCCGAGCCCCAGUCCUUUCGUUAUCCGGAGAAAUCGCGGAACAACCAGCACGAGAACGUGUACACGGAGGAGUUUCUCUACGGCGACGACGACGACUAUUCGUAUCGGAAUCUCGACCAGCAGAGACGAAGAGCGAAAGCUGAGAGCGCGACCGAGGACAACGCCAGGAUCGGUUACGGUGACCACGAGGAUCAGGACGCGCAGGAGGAGAUGGACGAUUUCUACGCGAGGACCUCGGAGAUCAUCACUUUUGCCGAGCCCGGACGAACGUUGAACGGGCAACCGUUGCUGGAGUUCCCGAUGUCGAGCGGUGAACCGGCCUUGGAACCACUAAGGAUCAAAAGAGCGACCCUCUGGGCGAGGGUCGAGGACAGGCACGCCCAUCGGUAUCAGCAUCAUCGUCAGGAACAAACGAACCAAAGAAACAUCACUCUCUGGGUGUUCAGAGUACGCGGCGGGAACACGACGCAUCUACGUGGAAAGGAACUCGGGCAACACCUGGAAAUGGUAACGUCCCUGGGGGUGAACAACGGGCAACUCGGCUGGCUGAAGUUCGACGUGACCAGGGUCGUGAGCAGUUGGUACACGUCGAGCGGCGACACGACGAGGGACAAGCUGACAUUGUUGGUCGACUGCACCGGUUGCGGUUCGCACGUAUACGUGUCCACUUUCGACGGGCACUCGCCGCACGUGAUCGAGUCGUCCCUAAACGCAAAAGGUGCUCAAGAUCCGGAUAGACCUUUUCUAGUAGUACGCACGGAUCCAGCGGCUGUGAAACGCGUCAGAAGACGAGCGGUCGAGUGCAGCGGCGCGAUAAAGGGUCAAUGCUGCAAGCAAAGGUUCUACGUGAACUUCUCGCAGCUCGGCUGGGACGAUUGGAUAAUCGCUCCGCCGGGGUACUACGCGAACUACUGCAGGGGCGAUUGCGCAGCCGGGCACAGGACACCGGACACGUUCCUCAACUACUACACCCACGUGAUCGAGGAGUACCGAAAGAUGGAUCGGCUGGCCGGCAUGCAACCGUGCUGCGCUCCCCUAAAGUUCUCGCCGAUGUCGUUGAUCUACUACGGCCCGGACUCGAACAUCAUCAAAAGGGAUCUACCGAAGAUGGUGGUCGACGAGUGCGGCUGUCCCUAA